AAUCGGACCGGGACACAGUGGAUUCCGUCUUUAUAUCAGCAUGAGUUAAAACUCAGAUUAGUGCAAGAAGUUGGCAAAAGAACCAAAGUUUACAUGACUGAAAAAACAGCUGCUGUAACGGAUUCAGGAUCCAAAAGUGUUGCUGAAAGAUUAAAACUAACACUUUUCAUAAUCAGUGUUAUAUCAAUGUGGUGAGGGGUGCGCUGUGCUCCAGUCAUGACCUCUGGGAAUGGGAACACUAACAGCACCCAAAACAAUGGAGAGAGUAAACCUGCCCAAGCCAUAGUCAAGUCUCACAUCCUCACCCAUCUCAUAGAAGGCUUCGUUAUCCAAGAGGGUGCAGAGCCUUUCCCUGUGGAACGUCCAUCUUUCUCAAUAGAGAAUCUAAGAAGAUAUACACCAGAUUCAAAGAUGGACAGCCUGUCAACAAAGGAGGUAAAGGGCCAGCAGGAGCCCAUGCUGACCUGUGAAUUAUGCGGCAGGGUAGAUUUUGCCUACAUCUUCAAAAGAUCUAAGAGGUUCUGUUCUACGGUGUGCGCUAAACGUUACAAUGUGGGAUGCACAAAACGAAUGGGUCUGUUCCCGAACCGCAAAACCACCCUGGAGAACAUGAAGAAGCAAAAAGCUGUGAAUGGAAACCACAAAAACACCAUCAUAGACUCUAAAAAGAAGACUGCUCCCUGUGUUCAGAAGCCUGCUGCUGCUCUGCCUACUGCUCACUCAGUCCACCCUGCACAGGAGGAUUCAAAUCAGUGUUCAGAUUUGUCCCUCUACAAAAGACCCCCGUCCCCCGUGUCAGUUCCCCAGCGCCUGCCUGUGACACAAGGCUCUGAGCUGCCACUGCUGCACCAUGGCUUCCUGCCCAGUGAUCCGGGGCAGUGGAACAUAGAGGACGUUUACGAGUUCAUCUCGUCUCUGCCAGGCUGCCUGGAAAUUGCAGAGGAGUUCCGCUCUCAGGAGAUCGACGGGCAGGCCCUGCUGCUGCUGAAGGAGGACCACCUAAUGGGAACCAUGAACAUCAAACUGGGGCCUGCACUCAAGAUUUUUGCUCAGAUCAGCAUGCUCAAAGACUCAUAGUUCUUCUCAUCCAAUACAUACACAGCUCUCAAUGGCAGCUCAGCUAUUACUGCACUAACAGGACGUGCUCAGGAUUCCCCAUGUUAAAUAGUUCUCGGCUGAAUUCAGGUCCCAAGACAAUUUUCAUUGAUGGAUAUUUUGUAACUGUCUUCUGACCAAAUGGCCGUCAGCUCCAACGUAUACACUGAAAACUUCACUGUGCCCUGUGGUUGGGAGGGCUGCUGUGUUACCUAGGCAGUGUAGAAAAAAGUUUGAUUACGAAUACAUUUAGUUUUUUAUAGUGUUUAUUGUACCUUAAGUUUAGCAUUUCAUUUGUUCUGGAGGGUGACUGUGAAGAUUUCAAACGUGUGCCUACUGUUUCAGUAAAAUACACUUUAUUCAA